AUAAUUGUUUUUUUUAAUCUUAAAAUAAUUAUUAUUAAACGGACAAACUAUUAAACGCGGGUAGCACUAAAAAUAAUUAAUUGAAACAGAUUAAAAACCUCGGCAGAAAAAUUAAUCUUCAAAGUCUCUCUGGUCUUUAGAAUCCUAACUCGCAAGUUACUAAGAAGAAAUGGCAACUGAACAACCAAAGCCUCAAAAUGAAGACAUAAAUAUGGAUUUGUUUGAAGAUGACGAUGAAUUUGAAGAAUUUGAAAUCGAUGGAGAGUGGGAUGACAAGGAAGAAGGAAAGGAAGUGACACAGCAGUGGGAAGAUGAAUGGGAUGAUGAUGAUGUCAGUGACGACUUCUCACUGCAGCUGAGGAAGGAACUCGAGAAUAACACCAAGAACUGAACCAGAGUUGUGCUUCUCUAUUGUCUUGCUUCCUCGUUUGAAUUUAUUUUGGUUUCCUUGUAAAACUGAUGUUUGAGCUUUAACUCUUUCUGAUUGGGAUGUUUGAUAGAAACAGUGUGCAUAAACCGGUUUUUAUGGUUAUCUGAAAUAUAGAUUGUGUGGGUGUUUGCCUUGUUAAA